CCCCAGUUCCCUGAGCCCCAGCUUUACCCAAGCUGAGGAUGGGUCGUGGCAUUGUUCAUUGUUCUGGAACACUCUAGAACCUCCAGGCAAGGGCUGGAGCUGGGGCUGCAGAGCAUUCCUUGGUUCAGCUGGGGAAGCCCUGCCCCGCCCCCCAGUGGUCCUCAUGUGGAGGCUGGCACUAGGCACCGUUUUCCUGGCAGCGGCCCAGGCCUGUGUCUUCUGCCGCCUCCCAGCCCACGACUUGUCAGGCCGCCUGGCUCGGCUCUGCAGCCAGAUGGAGGCCGAGCAGAAGGAAUGUGAGGCCUCUCCGGACUUCUCGGCCUUUGCCUUAGAUGAGACGUCCAUGAACAAAGUCACGGAGAAGACUCACAGAGUCCUGAGGGUCAUGGAGAUCAAAGAGGCUCUCUCCUCACUCCCUUCAUAUUGGAGAUGGCUUCGAAACAAGCUCCCUGAGUACACAAGGGAAGCUCUCUGUCCCCCCGCCUGCCGGGGCAGCACCAUGCUGUACAACUGCUCUACCUGUGAGGGGACCGAGGUGUCCUGCUGGCCCCAAAAGCGCUGCUUCUCAGGAAGUCAUGAUCUUUGGGAAGCCAAGAUUCUGCUCCUCUCCGUCUUCGGAGUUGUCCUGCUUCUGGGUGUUCUGAGCCUCCUGAUGGAGUCUCACCACCUCCAAGCAAAACGUAGCUUAUGAAGACACUGAAAACCUCCCAGCCUCCAGCUGUGUGUGUGCACUCCCAACUUGCACAUCCCUUGGAGGGGAACCAGCCAGCCCCUUAGUCCCAGCUCCAAAGACAGUCUUCCAGAUCCUAAAACCCAGACAUCCCUGCUUCUGGUUGGUGAGAUAAUAAAAAAGCAAGAAAAUCCUCAAAAACCCAGACAUCCCCACAAUUCCAGGUUGGAGGGCCUCCCGGGAACCCAGGCACCUCCCCUCUGGCCCUCAACCAAUCAGACAGCACUGUCAGCAAUGCCAGGAAAAUAUCUACAGAAGGAAAGAAUCCCCUACACCACUCCCACCACACCCACACCCCCUUCUGCCUGUUCCCGGAAAGUGGGGGUGACUUCCCCAGAAGCGACUCCAGGCUCUCCUGUGACUGAUUGGGAAUCCAGGAAUGUGUCUUCUGAAAAACUCACCCCACCGGAGUGAGACCACAUCAGUUGGUUCGCUGGCAUCCCUCCCUCCAUUGUGUUAACACAGUGAAACCCUCUGAGGGAGGCCUCUGUCCUGCCAGGCCCAACUAAACCUGCUGUUCAUGGUCUCUGCCCCUGCCUGGCCUCUGUCUGCAACUGGAGAGGGCAGAGGAGAAAUGGGAGACUCUCAGAGUAGCACAGUGCUUCUCAGAUGGGGGUGAUUUUGCGCCCAGUACACAUUUUGCAACAUCUGGAGUGGUUUUGUAUUGUUUUGACUUGGGGAUGUGUCACUGGCCUCUGGUGGGUAGAGACUAGAGAUGAGCUAAACAUCCCACAAUGCACAGGAAAGCCCCCACAGCAAAGAAUCAUCCCAUCCAAAAUGUCAGUGUUUACCAGGAAAGGGAGAUAGAAAAAAGAAAGAGGCCAGGCGCAGUGGCUCACGCCUAUAAUCCCAGGACUUUGGGAGGCUGAGGUGACCAGAUCAUGAGGUCAGGAGUUCGAGACCAGCCUGCCUAGCAUGGUGAAACACUAUAUCUACUAAAAAUACAAAAAUUGGCUGCAUGUGGCAGCAGGCACCUGUAAUCCCAGCUACUUGGGAGGCUGAGGCAGAAUUCCUUGAACCUGGGAGGAGGUUGCAGUGAGAUGAGAUCAUACCACUGCACUCCACCUGCUGACAGAGUAAUAUUCCAUCUCAAAAAAAAAAAAAAAAAAAAGAAAAGAAAAUGUCAGAGCCUUGUUGUUGAGAAACCCUGGCUUUUGGUGCCCUGCCUAUUAGGAGUGUUUGGUUUGGGAAUGGAAUGUGGGACAUGGAACAUGAGAAGAGAGGCCUGUCGCCAACCACAAGUCCCAUUCUGAGUGCCUAGACCUGCCAGGGAUCUCAGCCCUUACCUAGCCCGGGGUUUUCAAACGGGGUACCUCGAGGCUCCAGGGUAAGUGUUCUCAACCAGCUGCAUAUCAGAGCCACCUAGGCAGCCUUAAAACCACCCGUGCUUCAGCCUCAUCUCCAAAGAUUCUAGAAUAAGUGGUCUUAUGUGGGGCCUUCGUUAGUGCAACCUACAGCCAGGGUUGGAAUCAUUGUUCUGGGGUACCCAGAGAGGCCCUAACGAUGGAAAGAACUCCUACCCCUUCCAUAAGAGUACCUCUCCCUUUUCCCCCAAUAUUUAAAAAAA